AUGAUGUGGCCAGCGCGUGCGAGAAGGCGAGCGGUGGCAGAGGGCGCUGUCACUGGACAGCGAGACAUGCGGGGCACACGGGAUGUGGGAGGCGAAACUGGAGCCCAUCAGCUACGGCGCUGGGACUUCAGUGGAGACAGGAGGAGGAAGAGGGAGAGUCGAAUGAAGCCAGCGCGUCAGGAGAAGGCGAGCGGUGGCAGAGGGCGGGACCGGGCUCUGGCGCUGCUCAGCGGGAUGUGGGAGGCGAAGCUGGAGCCCAUCAGCAUACUAUGA